AUGCGCGUGUGGGUGCAAUUGGCACUCCUCGCCGUCGGCUCCAACGCCUGGAGCUUCUUCUCAUCUGAACCCGAAAGCCCUUAUCUGCAUCCAGCCAGCCCAGCUCUGAAUGACCCGACCGCCUAUAGGGCCAAGCGCCAAGCAUACCAGGUGUACUCCGGAGAUGAUGUGUCGGUGACGGUAGAUAAGUCCGGUAUGGCCGAGAAAGGCAACUGGGGACCGUGGACCGCUGAGAACCAAUGCUCGCGCACAUGUGGCGGUGGAGUUCAAGCCGAGAAGAGGACCUGCAGCGGCGACUGCACAGGCCCCUCCCUCCGCUACAUUUCCUGCAACACCGACCCGUGCGGCGAGGACGCUACGGACUUCCGCGCCGAGCAGUGCGCCAAGUACAACGACGAGGCCCUCGACGGCAACUACUACAAAUGGCUCCCGUACAAGGGAAAGGACAAGUGCGAGCUGUUGUGCAAGCCCGACUCCGGCAACUUCUACUACAAGUGGGCCGACAAGGUGGUGGACGGAACGAAGUGCGACGCGAAGAGCGACGAGAUUUGCGUGGACGGCGUUUGUUUGGCUCUUGGAUGCGACGGAAAGCUCGGCUCUGCGAAAAAAGCGGACAAGUGCGGCGUGUGCGACGGUGACGGAUCCACUUGCAAGACGCUGGAGGGAGUAUUCGACGAGAGGAACCUCAGCCCCGGAUAUCAUGACAUCAUCAAGCUGCCCGUCGGUGCCACCAAUAUUCGCAUCGAGGAGAUGAGGGACACCUCGAACAAUCUCGCCUUCAAGAACAAUUCGGACCAUUUCUUCCUGAACGGAAACGGUAUGCUGUCGGUGGAGAAGGACGUCGAGGCCGCUGGUACUGUAUUCGAGUACGACGACGCGAAGAAGGAGAAGCUCUUCGCCGCCGGGCCCCUCACUGAGGAAAUCACGGUCUCGCUGCUGUUCCGCAAGGGAAACAAGGAAUCGGCCAUCAAGUACGAAUUCUCCGUUCCGCUCGAAGAAGCCGACUAUAUGUGGAAAGUGCAGGACUGGACCCCGUGCUCGGUGACUUGCGGAGCUGGAGUUCGAACCCGCGAUCCCUACUGUAUCGAUGUGAAGAGCCAGGGACGCGUCGCCGACGACCUCUGCGUCGAGAACAACGCCACCAAGCCCGAAACCGUGAAGCAAUGCAAAACGGUCGACUGUGAGGCGGAAUGGUUCACGGGAGACUGGGAGGACUGCUCGUCGACUUGCGGAGAUUCUGGAGAGCAGUACCGCGUCGUGUAUUGCCAUAAGGUGUUUGCCGAUGGCAAGCGGAUGACGGUUGAUGACGACAAUUGCACCGCCGAACGCCCGCCCGUCCGCCAGCAAUGCAACCGAUUCGCGUGCCCCGAAUGGCAUGCCGGUCCGUGGUCGGCCUGUUCGGAGAAAUGCGGAGAUGCUCACCAGUACCGGUCCGUCACCUGCCGCUCCGAGAAGGAAGGCGAAGAGCAGAAGCUGCUGGCGGCCGAUGCCUGCAACGCCGACGAGACGAUCGAGUCGCAGAGGUCUUGCAAUUUGGGCCCAUGUGAGGGACUCAAGUUCUACACGACCGAGUGGAAAUUGUGCGAGAAGUGCAACGACACGGAGGAGACGCGCAACGUCACCUGCAAGGACACCAUGGGACGUGCCUACCCCCUUGAGAAAUGCCUCACCGACAACACUACGGAUAUUCCUAUCGACACGCGUGCUUGCGCCACACAACAGCCGUGCGUCUACGAGUGGACUGCGUCGGAAUGGUCGAAAUGCUCGACGGAAUGCGGCCAUGGACAUAAGGGAAGGAAGGUCUUCUGCGCUAUUCAUCAACUCGGAGGGCUAGAGGUCGUCGACGAGGGACUUUGCCAAGGAGACAAACCGGAAACCAAGUCAAACUGCACGAACGAGGAGAAAUGCACGGGAACGUGGUAUACAUCGGAUUGGAGCAAGUGUACCGAGGAAUGCGGUGGCGGAAAUCAGGAGCGGUUGGCCGUGUGCCUGAACUACGACAAGAAGCCGGUGCCCGAGUGGUGCGACGAGCUGGAGAUGCCAGCCGUGUCGCAGGAGUGCAACAAGGACCCAUGCCCAACUUGCGAGGACUCUGAAUUUGGAUGCUGCCCGGACAAUUCCACUUUUGCCGCCGGUCCCUUCAAUCAGGGAUGCUCGAACUGCUCGACGUCCGAGUUUGGAUGCUGCGCGGAUAACUACACUGAGGCCACUGGAGCCAAUUUCAAGGGCUGCCCCGAAUUCAACGAAACCACGAUCACCGUCGACGAGCUGGCCCAGAACAUCAUGGCUGCUGAUGAGCUGGAAGGCUCCGGCGAGGGUGCGGAUUCCGCUGAUGGCCUGUGCACGGUGACAAACGAGGAUGGAGAGGAGGCAAAGGUUGACUGCAAGACGAACGCCACGCUCGUUGAGGACGACAUUUUCGGAAACUCGACGGACGGUGGAAACGCUACGAUCCACUGCUCGAAGACGGAGUUCGGAUGUUGCCCCGAUUGGAGUACGCCGGCUGAGGGCAAGAAUAACGAGGGCUGCCCCGAGUUCGUGUUGGGCGCUUGCAACGAGACGACGUAUGGCUGCUGCCUGGACGGAGUGACACUGGCCCGUGGAAAGAACUACGAAGGAUGCGGAGAGCCUUCUUGCGCCGCUUCUCUCUACGGUUGCUGCAAAGACCGGAAGACGAUCGCCUUCGGACCCCAUUAUGCUGGAUGCGAGCGGUCCUCGUUCCCCUGCGAGCUGUCGCCGCAUGGCUGCUGCCCCGACGGCGAAUCCGCCGCCCUCGACAACAACGGAACCGGAUGCGGAGAGAAUUGCCUCACCACCAAAUACGGCUGCUGCCCCGAUGGAAAGACCCUGGCCAAGGGACAUCACAAUGAGGGAUGCGGGUGUGAAUUUGCUCAGUUCGGAUGCUGCCCUGAUGGAAAGAGCGUCGCCAGAGGAGCCGCUUUCUAUGGAUGCCCCGAUACUUGUGCUCAAAGCCAAUACGGUUGCUGCCCGGACGGAAAGACGGGAGCCCGCGGACCGAACAAGGAAGGAUGCCCGUGUCAGUAUACCAGAUAUGGAUGUUGCCCAGAUGGCGAAACGACCGCCCUUGGGCCACGGUUGGAGGGAUGCAACGAUUGCCGAUAUGCCAAAUACGGAUGCUGCCAAGAUCAGGAAACGAAGGCGCUCGGCCCGAACUACCAGGGAUGCCCAUCCACCACGCAGAUGCCAUUCAAACGCGGAGGUACCGUCUCGCCACCAAUGAUCCAGGCCUGUGCCCUGCCCGAGGAUAAGGGAUCCGUCUGCGGCUCCGGAUACAAGCUGUCGUGGUACUACGACACGGCCGAGGGACGGUGCUCGCAAUUCUGGUACGGCGGAUGCGACGGCAACCAGAACCGUUUCGGCACCGAGGAGAUGUGCAAGGAGGUCUGCGUCGAGCCCCCACAGAAGGGUCGUUGUUACCUGCCAAAGAACGAGGGACCACUCCGUUGCGACUCACCGACCGCCCGCUACUACUACGAUCACAACACGCGACAGUGUGCCGCUUUCUGGUGGAGAGGAUGUCUCGGAAAUGCCAACAACUUUGACAGCUGGGAGGAGUGCUCCACUUUCUGCAAGGACAUCGGACCGCUGCCCGUCGAGCCCGUCACUGAAGCCCCCAGGGCACCCGAGCCACAGUUCGACGUGCGCCCAGCUGGAGAGCAACAACCCGCCCAGACGGUACGCGCUGAUGCCAAGGACACGACUCGCCCGGCUCCGCCCACAAUGGAGGAGAUCUGCCGAUCGACCGCCGAUUCGGGCCCGUGCACUGAAUACAAGGAGAGAUGGCACUACGACGCCACCUCCGGCCAAUGCCAAACGUUCACCUACGGUGGAUGCGGAGGAAAUCUGAACCGCUUCGAGUCGCGCGACGAAUGCCACAGGAGAUGCUCAUUCCUGCAGGGCGGACAACAACAACAACAACAGCAACAACCCCGAGGAGGACAGCAACCGCGGGGUGGUCCCGGCGCGAACUCGCUCUGCGACGAGAACAAGGAGACCGGCCCGUGCACCCAGUUCCAGACAAAGUGGUACUACAAUAAGGCUGAUGGCACUUGCAAUCGAUUUCACUACGGUGGCUGCGAGGGAACCGGCAACCGCUUCGACACCGAGCAGACGUGCAAGGCCGCUUGUGAACAGCAUCAAGACCCUUGCCAAUUGCCGAAGGUGCAGGGCCCGUGCUCGGGCAAGCAGAAGAACUUCUUCUUCAACACGCACACCCGCCAGUGCGAGGAGUUCGUCUACGGCGGAUGUCUUGGAAACACCAACCGAUUCGCGCAGCUGGAGGAAUGCCAGGCCCGUUGCGGUGGACGUAAG